AUGAAUGAAUAUAUAUCUUUAUCAAAAUAGGUAUAUCACACUAAACUCUUUGGAUUUUAAACAACACCAAAGAGAGCCAAAUCAGGUGCAAACUUUUCCACAAUGAACCUAUCAUAAAGCUAUAAUGAUUCUAACAUAUUGUAUCACUAAGACUCUUGCUUAAAUCCCAUAGAGGAAGCAUCAUCAAUCAAAAUUAGAAUCCAAGAUUAAAGCAGAAGCUUGAAUGAUAUUUUGAGUAUAUUUAAGUCAUUCAAUGUUGAGAUUACUCGAAUAUAGUCUAAAUCUUACCCAAACUGGCAAGAAAAAUAUACUACUACCUAUUAUCUUGAUUAUUAAAGGGGACUUUAAGAAUAAUUGAAAAUGAUUCUAAUUCAGCAGCUAGAAGCAAUCAGUCAAUCAGUAGAAUAACUUAAACUCCCAGUAGUGCCAUGGUUCCCAUAAUAAUUAAGUGAUCUUGAUGGUAUUGAGAACCUUACUAUUUAAACAGAAAGUGAAGCCUAGAAAUUGGAACUACUCUACUUUAAAGACAAAAACUAUUAAAAACGAAGAAAAUUAAUAGGUUUAGCUGCAUCACAAUAUAAAAUUAAUGACAAAAGCCUUCCAAUAAUCGAGUAUACGGACAAUGAUAACUAUGUUUGGGAUUAUUGCUUUACUCGACUGUCAAAGCUGUAUAAGAAUAUUGCUUGCGAAGAAUUUAAUUGGGCAAUAGAUUAAUUCAAGAAAUAAUUUUCUAAUUUCGAGUAAAAGGUUCCAUAGUUAAACGAUGUCUCAAUUUAUUUAUAAUCUCAAACAGGUUGGAGACUCAAGCCAGUAGCAGGAAUGCUAAGCAAGAGAGAAUUCUUGAAUGGGCUAGCCUUUAAAGUUUUUCACUGUGUACAAUAUGUCAGACACCACAGUGUACCAUUAUAUGCUUAUGAGCCAGAUAUUAUUCAUGAUCUACUGGGUCACGGUCCAAUGUUUGCAAUUUAGGAUUUUUCAGAUUUUUCAUAAUAAUUAGGCAUUGCCUCACUUGGGGUAAGCGACGAAGAACUUGAAAAAUUAGCUGCAAUUUAUAUGUAUACAAUCGAAUUCGGCAUGUGCCGAGAAAAAGGCUAGCUUAAAGCUUAUGGAGCUGGACUAAUGGGAAGUGUAAAUGAAUUGGAGUACUGUGUUAGUGAUAAACCUUAGCAUUUGCCAUUUAAUCCUUAUGUUAUUUGUAGAGAUCACAUGAAUUAUCCGUUGAAUGCAAUUCAACCACUAUAUUUUGUGGUCGAUUCAUUCUCUGAUGUAACGAAAUUAAUUUCAGACUACUGUAACUAGAUCAAUCGACCUUUCAAUGCUACUUAUAACUCCAAACAAUAGCGAAUAUUUCUGGACAAAGAAGUUAGAAUGGUUAAAGCAAUAAAUAAGGUACCAAGCUUAUGA